GUUCAUACUUAAAAAUAUUAUUACGGUUGUCUAUGGUUAUUCUCGGCUGCUGACGGAUCAUGUUUUGAAGUGGGUAGAAGUUAAAAAUGUGUUACUUUUGUGAUGAGUCUUCGCGUUAUUUUUAAGAAUGCCAAUCCAGGCACCGGCAUGGACAGACUACCUCAACUGUCCGGUAUGUUGUCGCGACUUCGGCGCACCCCCGCGCAGCCCCAUCAGCCUGCCCUGCGGCCACACCAUCUGCAGGCACUGCCUCUCGCACCUUCACCGACGACAGUGCCCGUUUGACCAGACCAUAAUCCAGCUAGACGAGGACGAGCUAGUGGUCAACACAGCUCUCCUCCAACUCGCCGGGUACCCGCCGCCGCCGCAGCCCCACCACCCGCCCAGCGUGCAGGCGCUGCCGGAGCACGAGCGCGCGGCCUACGACCUCAUCGUGCGCCGGCUGCAAGAGCUUGCUACCUACCUCAAGUACUGCGGGAAUGCGAACAGCAGUUCAACCGGCGGCCGGCUCUCCCGCCCCAUCCAGAGGAAGCUGGUGACUCUAGUACAAUGCGCCAUCACGGACGAGGAGGGGCGGGGGCGCGCGGCGCGGGCGGCGCGGUCGCUCGGCGAGCGCACCGUCACAGAGCUCAUACUGCAGCACCAGAACCCGCAGCAGUUGAGCGCAAACCUGUGGGCGGCGGUGCGCGCGCGCGGCUGCCAGUUCCUCGGGCCCGCCAUGCAGGAGGAGGUGCUCAAACUGGUGCUUCUGGCUCUGGAGGACGGCUCCGCACUGUCUAGGAAGGUCCUGGUGAUGUUUGUCGUACAACGGCUGGAGCCACACUUCCCUCAAGCAUCCAAAACUAGCAUAGGCCAUGUCGUCCAGCUCCUAUACAGGGCUUCUUGUUUUAAGGUUUCAAAACGUGAAUGCGACUCUUCCCUAAUGCAACUAAAAGACGAAUUCCGAACGUACGAGUCCUUACGUCGCGAACACGACGCUCAAAUCGUCCAAAUAGCUACCGAAGCCGGCCUCAGAAUAGCCCCAGAACAAUGGAGUGCGUUGUUAUACGGCGAUACGGCACAUAAGAGCCACAUGCAGAGUAUAAUAGACAAGUUGCAGACGCCCCAGAGUUUCGCUCAGUCGGUGCAAGAGUUGUUUAUAGCGUUGCAAAGGACGGGCGAUCCGGCCAGGCUGCUGCUUAUGAGCAUGCAUUUGGAUCGACUGGCGCAGGUUGACGCUCAUACGGACGCGAAGAGCCCGACCUGGCAGCAGCUGAGCGAGAUCCUGUCGUCCCUACGCGAGGUGGUCUCCGGGCUAGUCCACUACCUGCAGCAGAGCGGCCGCGACCCCAACCACAACAAGCACCCCGAGCACCCCAGUCUCCCGUCCCCACAAGGCACGGGCACCCCGACGCACGGCAAAUACAAGGUGUCCAUGUGUCGGGACGCGGCCGCACGCUCCUACUGCCCUCGAGGGAACCAGUGCACCUUCGCUCAUUCGGAGGAGGAGCGCGAGAGGUACCGUUCGCAGCAGCCGCCGCCGCCGCCGACGCCUGUGUCGUGCAACGGCAACUUCGCCUUCAUGAACGUGGCCGGGCGGCCUGCGCCCGCGCCGCUGCCGCUGCCGACCUUAUACCCCGCCUACCCGAUAGGGAACAACAAUCAGCAGCAUAUCAACAACUUCAGACUUCCGUUAAUGGCGGCCCAGCCGAUGGCGCCCAUGGCCGUGGACUUUGCUGAGCAGCCGCCCCCGCACGAGCCUAUACCAACCACGACGUUUCCGGCACCGAACAUAAUGAACGGCCAGAUGCUCAACGGGAUGAAUCUGAACCAGAACGGUCUGAUGUUUGAGGCUCCCCUCCACUCCAAUCUGCAAGCCAACAUGGCGCCACCUAUAGCCAGUCUCCCGCCCAAUAUCGCGGCCAAUAUGCCCUACAACAAGAUGGCUGGACAGUACACCGGCCUGCUGGCUGUGACGCAACAUAAUCAAGUGGCGGUGCCGCCGGCGCCGAGUCAGCCGCUCCCGUACCCGCCGCUGCAGAUGCACCAGCCCAUGCACCUGGUGCCCGUGCCGGAGCCCCGGGACCUCAGCCCGUACCCCUUCGACGAAUUGCAAUCGGACCUGUUCUCGGACUCGUACCGCGCGACGACGGCGCGCUACGGCGCCAUGCCGCGGUCUCCCACGUGGCCCAGGACUACGGACGACGUUUUUAACUUCGAUGGACUGAGCUCAGCAUUGCCGUCGCGGGCUAAUACAGCCGAUGAUGUAUUUAGCGUCGGAGUGGAGAGGAUGAACGUGGGCUCAUCAGCGUCAAACGCGACCGCCUACAACGUCUAUCCAGACGAUCAGGAGCUAGAAGAAGAGAUCCAAGCGCUGGAGGGGCGUCUCGCGAAGGAACUCGACAAGUGAAGCGCAGCAGAUAACACCACCAUUUAUAAUACACCUUGAGGUUGCUAUAUCGUUCUAAUAGUUUCACUAAGUGAAUACUAGCUUCAAAAUAGUAUGUAUCCCUUUUCAGUUUUCUUCUCGAGAAAUCACUCGAUUUUCUUUCCGGAUCUCAAUCGAAUUAAGGGACUGAUGCCCAUUUUCUCACUUGAGGAUGUCAACAUAAGUACAACUUGAGCAUGGAAUGCAGCACUGUGCUGGCCAAGUUAAAUCUUGUUCGCUUCAUGCUUUGGAAGAUAUCCUCGAAUGAGAAAGUGGGUCCAACGAUAUAAGACCUUAAGGUCACUGUCUCUGCGGCUGAUAGUCGGGCAGUUUCAAAUACUAGCACCCUCAAUAGUGUAUAGUCCUCUUAGAUUUUUAUUUAUGUUUUUUUUAAAUACAUUAUUACAUUUGUGCACUAUUCCAACAGCGGGCUAGUGUUCCAAACUAUUUUAAAGUUUGUAGAGUAAAUCUAUUGAUUGUAUAAAUUGAUAAUGCUGUAGUAUGCAUACGGACGACUAAUUUAUCGAUCUCUACACGAACAUUGACAUAUUCUGUUCUAUUUUGAACGUCAAUGUUGAGGUAAUGUAACGCCCGCCAAGCGCGUUAAACACGCUUGCAAUAGGGUUCCUUAGCUAUUAUUGUAAACUAGAGAUAACUGUUAAUAGACAAUGGAAUUUCUAUUAAUCCGGAGGCUGUGACUCGGACUUGUACAGAGCAGAGACUCGACUUCUCGGCACUUCUGACUGGGAAGCCGAUUCCAACUUGGGCCCUUGGAUUUGAGGUGCCUGCAACAUGCUGUAAUAGAACUAAAUUAUAUUAUUAACAUCUUAGCAUUGCCAUAAGAGUAAAAUAGUAUUUUGUAAAACCGAUUUACAGUGUUAGCGUGUAACGCGUCUGUCAACUUUCUCAGUGCAAUCUUCCUACUUCUAUUACACAGAUAGAGACUGUGAACUUGUAGUACUGACCAUUAUCAUGUAUACUCAUUGCCUUCAAUAAUAGAUACCAUUAUUGGUGGGUUAUCCACCCAAGACUAUAGCUACAAACAAUAUUGCUCUUUUAAGUAGUAAUUUUCCAACUUUGUAUAACUUUAAAUUUAUUCGUGAGAUGUUAAUUACUAAUUAGGCUACAACCUCAUAAGAAUGAUAUAGUGUCGUCCUGAUAAAGCUGUGACUGAAACAUGUAAUGAUUCAAAAGCAAGAAGUAUCUUUCACUGUAAAUAUUAAGCUACAAUAACGAGACAGACUGUUGCAAACUAGACUUCCAUGCCUUCAAUCGUAGUUUUAGAUAGAUUGUACCGUUGAUGUUGAUAAAAAAAAUGCUGGAUGUAAUGGGCGUACCGACCAACUUUACAAAAGUUAUACGUGAUUCCCACCCGGGGUGUCGCAGUCAAUUUUCCACAAAUCAUGUUAAUAAUUCAUCGGAAAAGUGCCCGAUUCAUAAUGCAUUGUAGAACAGCAGUCUAUUUCAGUGAAUUUCAUACAGAACAGACCUUACACGGUCGUUCUAAUACGAUUGAUUGUAUUGAUGAACGGAAAUGAUUACUGCUGAAAUGUGACAAAACGUCACAGCUAUGUCACAUUUAUUGGGACAAGGUUUGAGCUUUGCUGUAUGAUGAGCCGGUACUAGGUACCUAAUCGGAUUUCAUUUCAAACUGUGGAAUCGUGCUAUUUCCAAUGUUUACGUAACGAAAUGGACGAUAAUGCUUAGCGACAGUUGACAGGGGCCCUUCUUGAAAUUUUAAUCUUAACUGUCUUUACAUUGCUGCUUACUUAUUCUCAAUAGCCACAAUCUUGGCCGUUUAAAGCUAUACUCGCUAUCAAGGCCACCAUUGCGAAACCAUUUAUUAUUCUACUUACAUUAGACCAAUGUAAGUCUUUUACCUCACAAAAUUGGUCUCGUGCACGACAGCCCUAUACUUCCAGUGUUGGUUUUAUCGAUAAAAUGGACAGUGCAAUAUAAAUGGAUGAGGCCUAAGAUAAUAUGAACAAUAGGGUGACAUUUUCCAAGUCAUUUAGCUUCUCCCAUUAGGGAUGUCUUUGGGUACGUUUUGUAUAGGAAUAUCGAAAAAAAAAUCGUUAUAAGAUUUCUUUUUAGAUGGUAGAAUUAAAUGUUAUUUAUUGUCUGCUCUUAAAAAAAUAAGGCUUCGUCGGUACAACAGGUAUCGUGAAAAUGAGUGGUUUUCCCAGUGGAUUGUAUAAGCUGUACUGAGGAGUGCUGUAUCUUCCGCUUUGUGUGUCGUUUACAUUAUUAUCAGUCUUCCUUCUACUUCUUUUUUACAACUUUUUCUAUUCGGUACUUCAAUUUAUGUAUCAGAUUAAUUAGUAACAUCUGUCGGAACGAUACGUUUAAUACUGAAAAGUGUACAUUGUUUAGUAAAAGCCUCAAUUUAAUGUAAUUUCUGUUUAGAACUGUCGCCGAACCGGAUAAGCCCAUUUCACAUUGAAUUAAUUAUACUAAUUGCUAGAGUAUAGUGAAUAUUUCUUUGUAAAUCGGGAGGCGAUGUUAAGGCUGGUGAUACACCUAUUUAAUUCCCUUUCUAGGAAAGAAAUAUUGUAAGGCUGUAAAGAUUCGCAUGCUGAGAGGCACAACCCGGAGCGCCACGUUUCGAUUUUGUUAAUAAUUAUUUAUUAUAGUCUGCCAAAAUGUAGCUUAACUUUGGUAUAAACGCCCGUUCCGACUGCUGUAGGGAUGCACGCACGUGGACAAUAAUACUUAAUAUCCUUCCGACUGCCAUUACUAUAAACAUGUAUAAUGUAGUUACUAUUCUUAAUAACAUUAAUGAUUAUUUUUUCAUUGAAAACACCUGAAAUUUCACAUUUCUUCGAAGAAAACAAAUGUGUUUAUUGAGGGUAGGCAUUUUUGUUUGGUUUAGUGCAAGAGCUUGCAUCCCAGCAGCCGGGAUGGGUGGAACAACGGUUUUAGUUCCAAACCUAUGUCGUACAGAGUGCAAUAUUGUACGUUAGUGUCGUAGUCUGAUUUAAUCUUAGUUGUAAAUCAAACUCGUUUUGGUCAUUUUUUUUCCUAGGAAAAGUUAAUUUACUUUUGAGUCUGUUUAAAGACUAGUUAAAGAAGAAUGUAUAGACUGUUUGAUUUUUUAGGGUUCCUCGUAUGAAAAUAUAUUGUAAUAAAAUUACUGACUACUGUUAAAAACAGUGGCUUAUUAAAAUAUACCAAUGGGCUGUUAAAAUACUACGUCUUUUUAAAAUAAUAUUGUUUUGGAGGUGAUUUAACUUAAACCUGCGUGAGCGCACUUGUCGGUUUAAGCGAAGGGAUUACGUGGUCUGGGAUAUCGGUGUUUUGUACUGAUUUGUAAAUUAUAUAAAAUAUUUAUUAAAAAAUAAUAUAAAAUAACAUAAUUGAUGUUGUACGAAUUAACGUGAUGUCAAUGUUGAUGUAACUUAUUUUUGUUAUUUAUUUUUGUUUUGUAAUAGGAUUUAAAAUAAGUAUAGGACAAAUAGUUUCUUAUCCUACACUUCACAUGUUGCUGUAUUUUGGUUUCGCUGGCCAGGCAUGGUCCAACCUCUUCCUGAGUGACUUCAAAUUUUCCUAUUUAAACUAUUGGCGUGGUAAAAAAAAAUGGUGUUAAAUAAUGACUUAAUUUUUUAUAUCUCAAAAUGGGUUCAGAUUCAGGACAAAUUACUUUAUAUGAACAAUGUCAAUCGAGUUAUUGAUAUUUUUAUGAAAACACUAGAGCAUUAUAAAUCUAAUUACCAACAGAUAAGUUCACGAGUACUUUAACUUUUAGACGAAAAUAAAUAAGUAAAUAAUUUCUUGCAAGUUGAUUUCUGUAAGUAAUUACCUACUUAUUGCAAAAUACUUGUCUGUUUUCGCCAAAAAAAACGAUUAGGUAUCGAUUUUGCUACAGUAAGUAGGUAGGUAUAAAAGUAAGCCGUAAUUUGACCCCCCAGUAAGUUUAUUUUUUACUUUAUGCCAUGUAAUAGAUUUUUCGUGUUUUGGUUCAGAUAUCUUAUUUAAAAUGGUUGUUUUGUUACUUAAAUAUGUAUACAUAUAAAAAAUGCAAACAUUGAAAAGGAAUGUUGUCAGUUUGAACUGGUGACAGUCUUAAUUUAUUAAACACUAGAAUAGUAGAAGCAUGUUAUAUGGAAAGUAACAUAAAUAUACUUAUUCCCUUUGCUGAUUUCAUUCUGAUUGAAUCGUCUCAAGAAUAUAAUUAUGAUAUUUACUUUCCAUAUAUCGUCCUGAAGAACUAUAUGAAUAUUUAGAUAUAUCAGUUUGCUUGUCUACUGAAAAAUAACAAGAUCUGGCAAGGGUUGCCUCUCUCAGCUUAUUUUUAUAAUAUUGGGGCCUAGUUGGCUCCAAUGGGAUGUGCAAGUUUGCAUUUGUUUAAAAAUGCAUAGAGAUUUUUUUGAUACGCGUCAGAGUACGCUAGGCGUAAUAAAUGUAAAGAUUUAAAUGUAAAAAAAUAUAUAAGUAUGUAUAGAUAAUAAUGAUUUUUUAAGAAAUCAGUACAAGUAAUUUGAUUUAUUCAAAACGAUCAUGUAACCCUUGCUUUUUUCGUUGGGAGGUAUUUUUUUUGUUAUAAUGUCGAUCUAAAAGCAUUUGUUGGACAUACGUGCGCGGUUAGUCCUUUGUGGGAAUCUCCAGUGCGUUAGUAGAUUAUUUUUCAAUUGUUGCUUGAAUCACGUUUUGUUUUCCUCAUAUUAUUAUAAAUAAAAUGUUUUUGUGGC